AUGCUCCCCAAUCUUCUGCACCGCCUUCUCCGCCAGCUCAAGCUUCGCCUGAAUAUCAUCCGCAUUCUCUGUCCCAAGCGCCCCCCUCAAAUCCGAGACAGCAUUCUCAAUUUCAGACACAACCUCAGCCGGAAUCUUAUCCCUGUACUCGUUCAAGCUCUUCUCAAUCUCAUACACGCGCGUGUCAGCCCUAUUUCUCAAAUCAAUGAGUGCCUUCCUUUCCUGAUCCUUGUGCGCGUGCAGCUCAGCCUCUCUCACCAUUUGCUGAAUAUCUUCUUCCGAGAGGCCGCCAGACGAACGGAUGGUGAUUUGUUGCUCCUUGCCGGUGCUUUUGUCUUUAGCCGAGACGGUCACGAUGCCGUUGGCGUCGAUGUCGAAUGUGACCUCGAUUUGUGGGUAGCCACGUGGGGAAGGGGGGAUGCCUUGGAGCUCGAAUUCGCCCAGGAGCUUGUUGUCCGAGGCCAUUUCACUUGUAUUCCUGUUGAUCAACCUCGUGAAAAUGCCACCAAGCGUCUCAAUACCAAGGGAAAGUGGGGUCACAUCAAGAAGAAGCAACUCUUUCACAUCUCCUCGAAGAAUGCCACCCUGGAUUGCAGCACCCAUGGCCACAGCCUCGUCAGGGUUCACCCCUUUGCUGGGAGACUUGCCAAAGAUUUGGUUAACCACUUCUUGAACCUUAGGGACACGUGUCAUGCCACCAACGAGCAGAACCUCAUCAAUCUCAGUAGUUUUUGUGCUGGCAUCCUUCAAGCAGCUCAGGCAAGGGGCCCUCGUCCUCUCGAUCAGGUGGCCCACGAGAGCCUCGAACUUUGA